GGCAAUCAAUUUCCAUUAGUUUUUGAUUUGGACAACUCUCUGCAGGAUGGCCUCCUCCGGUGGUAAAGCUGAAAAAUCCUCCAAAUUUGAGAUGCUGAAACUUUUGGAGAAUUGCCGAAAGGAAAGAGAUGAAGCUUUGCAACGGGAAAGUGCUCUGAGGGAAAGGCUCAGGCAGAAUGAGGCAAGGUUGCGUUCCAGCGAGAGUAUGAAACAGAAACUGAAAAUAUUGACCAUGGACAACAAAGAGCUUAGAAAGCAAGUGAAGGCUCUUCGAGUGGAUAUUGGACUUGAGAGCAGCCCCAAAUUCACUGGGAAGACUACAAAAGACAUCGUCAAUGAUUUGCAAGAAAAGGAACGUGAGUGCAGCUCAUUAGUAGAGAAGACCGGGAAACUUAGUCAAACCAUUGAUGACUUGACCGCAGAGUUGUCAAAUGUGGCCACCUCCAAGACACUUUUGGAGGAACAAGUGCAGUCGUUACAGCAAAACCUCAAAGAUAUGACAAACAACCAGAGGCGUCUGCUAAAGCUGUGGGAAGACAAGAAGACACAGAGGGAGCAAAAUGCUCUUCCUGCCAUUAUUCAGAGACCCUUUACCCACAAAGAAGUUCAAACUGACAUGUCCAUAAGCGCAUAUCAGAAGCUCCCAUCUAAUGCCUUUGAGACAAAACAGAUAACUUAGGACUGUGACUAAAGCAGAGGUUUGGACAAACAGAGAUUUUUGUCCUUUGGCAAAGACUUUUCAUCAUGGAACCUAAUAAGACUUGGUUUAGUUCUGUCUUAUAAAAAACAAAA